UUUAUUUGGACGGGAUCUGCAGCUUUUAAAGGGGAAACCGGGAUGGAUUUGUACGUGGUUUCUGUUUUACUUGCAAGUCUCCUCAUCGUGCCUCUCACCAUCCGGACUUUGUGCCCCUAUCUGUGGAAGGAUCUGCAGUAUUUCGGAGUUCUGCUGCGGAUCUUAGUGAAGUUCGCGUCCAGGCGCAGGAGGAGACCUCUCUUCUCUGUCUUGGAUCGUUUCUUGGAGCAGAGCGCGGCGCACGGGGACAAACCCUUCAUUGUCUUCGGAGAGGACACUUUGUCUUACUCGCUCACGGACUCAAGGAGCAACAAAGUGGCCAAUGCUCUGCGGGCUCACCCCGGGUUCGUGCCUGGAGACACAGUGGCUCUGUUCAUGGGGAACGAACCCGCCUUCCUGGUCACCUGGCUGGCCUUGGCUAAGCUCGGGUCCCCCGUGGCUCUGCUGAACCACAACAUCCGCACCAAGUCCCUGCUGCACUGCUUCAGCUGCUGCGGGGCCAAGGUGCUGAUAUCUGCCCCGGAGCUGAAGGAGGCAGUGGAGGAUGUGCUGCCCACGUUGAUGGAGCAGGGCGUCACCGUCCUCCUGAUGAACAGACACUGCGACACGCCUGGAAUCGAGAGCUUCUCUGACAAAGUGGAAGAGGCACCAGACGACCCGCUCCCUCGGUCCCUCCGAUCUCACAUCACCUUCAAAAGUCCUGCAGUCUAUAUCUACACCUCUGGAACCACAGGUCUCCCGAAGGCGGCUGUGGUCAAUCAGAACCGUCUCCUGAUAGCUCUGGCGAUUCUGUCUUCAAACGGUGUCACGUCCAGUGAUGUCAUCUACGUCAACCUGCCUCUGUACCACACAGCUGGCUUUCUAAUCGGCUUUAUUGGCUCCAUUGAGACAGGAUCAACCAUCAUCCUGAAGAGGAAGUUCUCUACCUCUCAGUUUUGGGACGACUGCAGGAAACACGGUGUGACCGUUGUCCAGUACAUCGGAGAAGUGAUGCGUUACCUCUGCAGCACAGCAAAGAGAGACAACGACAAGGAUCAUAAAGUCCGACUGGCCAUCGGUAAUGGAAUCAGGGCCGACAUAUGGAGAGAGUUUCUCAACCGCUUUGGCAACAUCGAGGUCCAAGAGUUUUACGCCUCCACUGAGGGAAAUGUGGGAUUUGUCAACUAUGCGGGAAAAAUUGGAGCCAUCGGACGUGUCAACUACUUCCAUCGGAAGCUGUUUCCCUUCACCCUCAUCAAAUACGACACAGAGCGAGAUGAAAUCGUCCGAGAUGCUAAUGGCCUCUGUGUGGAGUCGCCCAGAGGUGAGACUGGACUGCUGGUGUCGAAGAUCACAGACCUCGCUCCUUUCGUCGGCUACGCUCAGAACAAAGACCAGACGGAGCGGAAGAAACUUCGGGAUGUUCUGAAGAAAGGAGAUCUGUACUUCAAUAGCGGAGACCUCAUGAGAAUCGAUGAGGAAAACUUCAUUUACUUUCAGGAUCGUGUUGGCGACACGUUCAGGUGGAAAGGUGAGAAUGUGGCCACGACCGAGGUGUCGGACAUCCUGACCAUCAGUGACUGUCUCAAAGAAGCCAACGUUUAUGGAGUCCAAGUGCCAGGACAUGAGGGGCGGGUAGGUAUGGCAGCUGCUACUGUGAUGGAAGGUGCAGAGUUUGAUGGAAGUAAAAUAUACAACCAUGUGGUCAGCUACCUGCCCUCAUACGCCCGACCUCGCUUCAUAAGGAUACAGAACGCCGUGGAGGUCACUGGCACCUUCAAGCAGCUGAAGGUGCAGUUAGUAGAGGAGAGUUUUGAUCCAGGACGUAUCCAGGACCCUCUCUAUAUCCUCGAUGAUAAAGAGAAGUGCUACGUUCCGCUGACAGAGCAGAUCUACAGCUCCAUCACAUCAGGAGACAUCAAACUAUGAGCAGAUGUGGUCACUAACCAACUUUUUCAACUAUAGUGGCAUUGAGUUUUUUUAUAAUGAACUUCCAACUCAGGGAACAAACCUCAAACUACGUGUAUUUUGUGAAAGAUAUAAAAAUAUAAAGACCAUUGUUAAAAACAGUACAUGGGAACCAGGCGUGUAGGAUUGAUUUGUUAGGGGUCAGUCUGCAGGAGGAGGAGGGAGCUUGAUAUAAUAAUAAUAUUAUUAAUAAUAAUAAUAAUAAUAAUACCGAUAGCACUUAUCUAAACAAGGUUACAAAGGGCUUCACAAUAAUGUCCAUGGCAAAAUUAAAAUUAGAUUGUAAUAAAAGAUAUUCUGUCACAACAUAACGGGCCUAGCUGUUGUUUUAAAAAAUGCUUCCCUUGCUGCCCCAUUACCACGCAGACCUUAUUUCUAGUUUUGAGGCGACUAUGUUCAAAAUUUGCAGCACCGCUCUGGUCCUUAGUCCAGUCAGUGGCCAUUAGACCUUCUCUCACAGAAGAGGACUUGGUUUUGAGGAAAGAUGUGAGUGACAUGUGAUACUCAGGGGGGAAAACCGUUUUCUUAUUUUUAGAACAUCUCUCAGGGGCCAUAGAUUACUGAACAAUAAUCACCUACAAUAAUAGCCUGCUUACAGCCACUAACAUCGGGUGUUUGUCUGUAAUGGGAAUUGAUACAAUCAGAAUUCACUCCCAGGUCAAAUGACUCUGCAGUUAAAGUGGAUUUUUAUCAGCUCUUUUCUUUAUUUUGGCACCUUAAUGCAAGCGGAUUUUCGUUUUGUAAUAAGAAAACCAAAAUCAGGAAGUGAGCUGUUUCCAACUGUUUCAACUCUGACCAGCAUUAGAUUCAUCCUAGAUUAUUUUGUUCUUGCAACUCAUCACUUUUUAUGCCUUUUUUCUUUUAUGCUCUAUAGGAUUAAUGGCUGUCAUGAUCCUUUUUAUUGUUUCUGAGUUAUUUCUAUGUCUGUUAUGAAUUUGCCAGAGGCCAGAUGUAGUGGUUAUAGGUUACAAAGACCAAACAUUUAUAUUCAUGUGCCAAUACCUGUACAUAGGAAUUACUCUCAUGAACAUUAAAGUGAUUCCAGUUGUAAAAA